GGAAAUCUCUUUGACUAUAUAUACAUGGACUGCUAUCUCCUAUUGUUGUUGAAUGGGAAUCGUGAAGCCAAAGCAAUAGAGGUACUAGAUCGGGACAUGGGCUCUGAGCAUGCGCGAGAUUUCGUUGCAACGAGCGUAGCGGUUGUUGGAACGUAGGAGGGUGUUCGUCGCUCCGUGGUUCACCGUGAUUGGAAGGUGCGAGGGUGGGUGGGAUUCCUGCGCGCGCAUGAAAAUUCCCGAUGCUCCCGAUCUAGUACCUCUAUUACUUCGGCUUCAUCGGCAACAAUGAAGAUAGUAGUCCAUGUAUAUAUAGUCAAAGGGAAAUCUAGGCAUAUAUCCAAACCCUCACACAUUAGAGCACCUUCACUGAACGAACGUUCAGAAACGUGAUUCAAGUUCUUAUCAUAACUUCAUAAUUCAUAAAUCAUAACACAAAUUAUUUUUACUUUACAGCAACUUGCGUGCGAAAUUAUUAAUUAUUUUAUUUUAUAGACUCGAAAAUUUUCAAUGAUAGCCUACACACGUAAUAAUUAUUGCUAUGAAACAGCGAAGUUAUAAUUUUUUUUACACUCGAAAUACUCAAAUUUAGGCUACUAUUCUAUUCUAUUUUACACUACGCAACCAAUGAAUCAAAAUUAUCGAAAUAUUACGUAGAUUAUUAAAUGAAGUUUACCAGGAGGAAAAGAUUACUGUACUCGUAGUUGGCGUAAUAUUUCCGCUAAAUUCGUUCGAUACAUCAACUGAAAGAAGCAGUACUGUUCGCCAUUUGUGAUGCUAAUUGCUAAAUAUUUGUACUUUGAUCGAAGUGAAAGACAUGGGGUGAUGUACUGAUGUACGUAGAACUUAGAAGUUGAAAAAACAAAAACCCUACUUGCUGACCAUUAUUUUGCUCUCUAUUUGGAGGAGUAUUAUUCUUUUCAAAGGAAGAACACCACGAAAUGAUAUUAUUAUCCACAGUUUUAUUAAUAAUCAUUUCCUUCUAUCGAAAAUCGAAAUUAAUUAAGUAAAUUCCAUUGCAGGUCAGCUGGUGACUUAAUUUGUAUACACUGUAAAGUAAAACGCAGCAUCGGACAUAGGAUAAGUGAUAAAAAUGCUCUAGGGUGGUCGCAUUCAGCGGAGAACGAUAUUUUCCAUACUUUUCGCUAGGAGGUGCUCUAAUGUGUGAGGGUUUGGAUACAUGCGAAAUCUAGACCGGUGAUUGGCGGUGAAAGCAUUUCACUUCCGUGUGUUAACGCUCCCAGCGAUUUAUGGAGAAUUACAAUAAGAAAAUUUUGGUGUUUCUUUUUGAUUUUGCCAUGGGUGUUUCACUCAGAAAAUGAAAAUGACGUUGUUUACAAAAUAAAAGUAUCUGAGUAUCGAGAGUACUUGAAAGUUUUAAAAAUUCGAUGAAGUGAAACAAGUACUAUCGUCUGCCCCUGUACAGCUUGCAGCUAUUACUAAUUUCAAGUGUUGUACCUGUUGUAAAUGUUCGUUGCUAGUCAGAAAUACAGUUCGUAUAACUAUUCAGUUGUCGCAAAGUUGAUGUGAUAUUCUCAAAAUGAACGAAGAAGAAAUCGAAAUCAAAAUUAUUAAUAGCGAGGAAACCGAGGAAUCCGCUGAAGUCAUUUAUAUCAAUGUUGAAUCACAUCAAGUUAACCAUUCUGAGGACGAAUCGCAGGAUUUGGAGUUUUCUGUAGCACCAGGUGCGGCAGCAAAUAAUGCCGGUAUGGAGGUGGCCGUCACCAGCGGCGUAAUCAGCUAUUCGCCUCAGGCCAUCGUCCAGCAGCAUCACGGUGCUUGUUCCAGUCAACCGCCUACCGCCGAUUUACCCGAUACGAAGGAGUGUAUCGAAGAAUUGUGCCCGGUAUGCGGCGAUAAAGUCUCUGGUUACCAUUACGGUUUGCUUACUUGUGAAUCGUGCAAAGGAUUCUUCAAACGAACCGUCCAAAAUAAAAAAGUCUACACCUGUGUCGCCGAACGAAGUUGUCAUAUUGAUAAAACCCAAAGGAAACGGUGCCCGUUUUGUCGUUUUCAAAAGUGCUUAGAAGUCGGAAUGAAACUAGAAGCUGUUAGAGCAGAUAGGAUGCGAGGCGGUAGAAAUAAAUUCGGACCUAUGUACAAAAGAGACAGAGCGAGAAAGCUGCAAAUGAUGCGACAGCGGCAAAUGGCGGCACAAACAUUACGCGGAUCCCAAUACGGGAUUUUGGGUGGCGAAGGUGCCAUCAGUUUUAGUUACCAAUCCGGCUUAUCGUCGCCUUUCAGCAACCUAAAUAUUAAACAAGAAAUUCAAAUACCUCAAGUAUCAUCUUUAACUUCAUCACCAGAUUCCUCACCCAGUCCAAUAGCCGUAGCCCUAGGUCAAGCCGCGGGUCUCAAUUCCAUUGCCACUGGCUCGGGAAACAAUAAUAGUCAGCAAUCUACUUUACACAUAGUCGCCAGCGGACCUACCAGUAAUGGUCCGACGGCUACCAACAAUACCACCAAUUCCACCGGCAGCGGGCUAAGUCUUUCCGAGCAUAAUAAACUGUGGGGCACGCCGAAUUCGACGACGCCUUCGCCGCAUUCUAUAAGUCCAAAAUCGUUCCAAUUUGAAGGUGGAUCUAGUUCAAAUACGAGUAAAGCGAGUCCGUUAAUACGCGAUUUUAUAAACGGUUUAGACGAUCGCGAGUGGCAAAAUUCGUUAUUUAAUUUGUUACAAAAUCAAACUUAUAAUCAAUGCGAAGUCGACCUGUUCGAGUUAAUGUGUAAAGUACUGGAUCAAAAUUUAUUCUCACAAGUUGAUUGGGCCAGGAAUUCUGUGUUCUUUAAAGAUUUAAAGGUCGAUGAUCAGAUGAAGCUGCUGCAACAUUCGUGGUCAGAUAUGUUGGUACUAGAUCAUAUUCAUCACAGAAUGCACAAUAAUUUACCGGAUGAAACGACCCUUCACAACGGCCAGAAAUUUGAUCUCUUAUCCCUAGGUCUUCUAGGUGUACCCAGCUUGCAAGAGCGAUUUUCGCAAGUCACGCGUACUUUACUAGAGUUGAAAUUCGAUAUCAGCGAUUAUAUUUGUCUCAAGUUCCUCCUUCUACUUAAUCCUGAUGUUCGUGGCCUGAUGAACAAAAGACACGUGCAAGAAGGGCACGAGCAAGUCCGGCAAGCGUUACAUGAUUACUGCCUUGCGGCGCAUCCACAAAUUCAGGAUAAAUUCAGCAAACUGAUGUCUGUGAUGCCUGACAUUCACGAGGUAGCCACCAGAGGUGAAGACCACCUAUACCACGAACACUGUACGGGCAAUGCUCCAACGCAGACACUUCUUAUGGAAAUGUUGCAUGCAAAAAGAAAAUAGUACGGUUUUAGGUGAACAAUUUGGAUUUUUUCUUAUCGGCGAGCAGUAUUUCAAAUGAGAUUUGUAUUUGUACAAAGACGAUACGUGAGAGCGUUUUCCUCCUCCUGUUACCAUGACAAUUAUAAUUACAGAAAAGACAGCGGAAAAAAAUCGAAAAUGAAAAAAGGUACUUAUCCUACUCUUGUCUAUAGCCUGGACCAUCAUCACUGUGACACUGUGUGUUUUCUUUUUGCCAAAAUCCAUUUGAACCAUCACGCAAACAUCCUAUAUUUUGUAUUUUAACAAUGAUACAAGUCGCACAUUAUUGUUAUCUGAUACGAUAGAGAAAAAUCAUUACCGUAGUUUUCCAUAUUUAUGUAUUCUUAUUUGUGUGUAAUUUUUAAUUUGAGCAAAUUCGUCGAAGUCGUGUUAACCAUUCCCCUUUCCCUAUUUUUUUUUUUUUUUUUUUUUUUUUUUUGAAAUGGCCAGUUUUUAUUUAUCGACCGUUUGCUCGAGUUAAUUAUUUAUUUUUUAAUCAUUACUAUUAUUGUUGUUUUUUUCUUUUUUUGAGGAAAAAAUUUCCUACCAAGUUUUAAAGUUUUAUGUUUAUUGUUAGAUUUUGUUGAGGAUCUUUUUUUGAAAUUUAUUGUGAUAGCGGAAGGCUGUCGUGAAAGCUUUUUAUCGAUCGGAAAGUUUUUAUUUUGGUUCUUUGAGAUUUCUAUUUGACUUUUUUAUGUAUCAACUUUUUUGGUUUCUUACUCGAUGAGUGUUUAAAUCCGGAUGGCCGUGAUUUGAAAUAAGUUACGAAUGUUUUAUCAGUGAAAUAUUUGACCAGAAGCGUUUCUUUUUUAGCUAUACGAUGGGGGAGGGGGUCCUAUCAGGACGUACCAAGUAGGUACCGUUUUUGAAAAAUGAAAGGAAAAAAUCGUUUUAAUUUUAUUACCAAAUACUCCAAGGAUUCUGUUUGUGUUUUCUGAGAAGCUAAAAGUAUUUUUUGAAAAAAAAAACAAAAAAAACUAUAUUUAUAUUUUUUAAUUCUCUUUUGAUGUUAAUUUAGUUACGUGUGUUUUCUCCUUUUGAAUAUGUAAUAUUUUAAAUCACGAGCACGUUUUCCGAAUGGUCUUUUUUUUCUUCUUAAUUUGGGAUUCUUUUUAAUCGAAUUCAUUUAUAUGUGUUUAAAAAAAAAAAAAGAAAGCGUGAUAUUUUGAUAUUAACUUUAAAUUACAUAUGUUGCUUUUUAAAAUGUACAUAAAUGUUAUUACCGUAUUUUUUGUGAUGCACAUCUGUAAAAAGUGUGCCAUUUUAUAUGUUACAUUUUGCUUCUCAGGGAUAAGGUAUGUUUUUAACGAUUAAAAAGAAUUCGAGUUUGUUUUUAACCCUUCCAAUGUGUUUUUGAAAUUUUCCUAGCUGUUUUAAUCGAUUGAAAAUCCUGUUAACCUUUUUUUUUUUUUUGACAUACUAUAAUAUGUAGUAUAUUUAAUGAUCGUUGAAAAAUAAUUUUUUUCGACGAUGUUUCUCCCUUCUAUGUAGGUAUUUCACUUGAUUUUAUGGUAAUUUGAAUUAUGCGCGCAGGACGUUAAAAUUUUACUUUUCGAUCAAUUAUAUUAGAAUUCUCCUUCGAAUUUUGUAUAGAAGAGAGUUUAAAUAUCAUGUGCCUUUGUUGUUCCUACGCUCGUAAUAUCGUUUAUAUUAAGAAAAGCUUUCAUUAGAGACGCUUGAGUGUGAAAUUUCGGCCAUCUUUAAUAACCGAACCCAGUAACGUUACUUGGGAGUAUUCCCCUUGUCUCCUUGCUCCUUUCAUUUGACCUAUAUUUCUGGGAGCACGUAGUACAAAAUUUUGCAAAAUUUUAUUAAAUUUAUACGUGAUUAUCAUGUGUUUUUUUCAUGUCUUCCGUGAUUAAACUGUAAACGAGUAGGAGGGAAAAGGAUGGGGUUUUAAAAUUCUGGCUUUAGCUUCCGCCCAUAUUGAUUUUUUUGUCAUGAUUUAUAUUUUUUCAUUUGAUAUAAAAUGAACUACCUUGGUUUAUUUAUACGAAGUAUUAUGAUUUUCGAUUAGUUUUAAGCUAAUGCUGCAUUUUAAUCGCAAGUGUUUGUAAUUACUCGAGGGACCAAGUGGAAAAGAGCUAGUGGUCUUGAAAUUUCAGUUUUAUGCGUUCAAAAUUGCAAAUUUUUAUCAUCACCUCGUUUAAAAGGGUGACUAAACUCGUUCGAUUUUAGUAUUAAUUUUGAACAUUUUAUUCAUGCGUUGAUCUUUUAGAUUUCACUAGCUGUCGAUGUCAAUUUAUCGAAUUUAAGUUUUGAUAUGAUUUUUUUUCUUAAUUGAAAAGCUUUUGUUACCGAGUGGACGAUAAAUACCUAGAAAGCUGUGAUGAAACUUACCAAAAACAUCUCAAUUUUUAUUGAAAUGAUCCGUUGAAGGGCGGAAAGUCGGAAAAUCAUUUUGAGAUUUUUUUUGCAGAAAUUAAGAAUGAAAUAUACUGUGAAAAAUAUUCGCAUCGAGCGUUAUCAUAUAAAAAUGUUAUUAAGGUAUUCGAGAUUUUCCUAAGAGCAGCAUGAAAAUAAUUUUUUGUAAGUUGCAUCACUGCUGUCUGGUUAUGCAAUAAUACAUCGUUCACCUGGUACGCCUUCGAACUGCACUGAAUUUUUGAUUCUGAUAGCUGAUUAUUUGGUUGAUAAAAAGUGAUGUAAAUCAAAAUAUUGAUAUUUUUCGAAAUCGCUAGAAUUUUGAAAGCAAAAAUUAUAUAUUUAAAGAAAAACAAUCGGCAACCCGGUCUCAAAAUUUCAGUCAUCUAUAUCAUCUAAAAUUUGAUUUUAAUGCGAAACUAUCGAUAAAUGAUACCCGAAUAGGACUAACUACCUAUUUUUGAAUGACAAAAUGAAAGGGCGAAAGAAUGGAAUUUGUUGGACCAAAAAAAAUAAUUUUAUCGAUAGAUUUGCUAUAUUCGUUUAGUUUUCUAUUUGGAUGCAAAUUUAGAAUAUCAGAUCUUUUAAAAAAAAUAGGUAGCUCGACUAAAUAGAGUGAAAAAAUGAUAUAAAAAUGAUUAAAAAAUAUAAUAUAACUCGAGUAUUUUGAUAAUACUUACCAAAAAUAUAUGUACUCGUAUUUACGAAAGAUUUUAUUUAUUUGCUUAACCGAUACCGAUUGCGGAAGUGUUAGAAGAAUAUUUAGCACACGAUUCUAACAAUACAUACCAACAUUCCACUAUUGUUUUUAAUUUUUUUUCGCCCAUAACUGCCUGCUAUUUGGAUUUAUUUAGUUGUAUAUACAUAUUUUUAUUUAUUUAUUGAUGAUUUUUAAUGAAUUAUUAUUCAGCGAAAUCAUAGCUUGAAUAUCAACUCUUUUACCAAUUUGAUUUAGCAACUUGAAAGACUUGAAUUUUGCUCUGUUCGUAUGAAUAUUACUAUUUUCGCAGUUACCAUGUUUGAAAAUUUACUACGCGAAACGCUUAAUUACCAAAAUAAUCCAUCAAAAAUUGUUAUCCUGGGUUUAAAUAAAAUUCAACGCUGGUUUUGUUCUGUUUUACUAUGUUUCUUCCUUCUUUUUAUUUUCUUUUACGCGUUUUUUUUUCAAAAAUAAAAUGAAAAAUACCUGAUACUUCAUUACGAACGAUCAAUUUGAAUAGUGUGAGAGAAUUAAAAGCGCAAAGCAAACUAUAAAUUCGGUAGUGUUUCACCAUAUUUAUUGAUAAAAAGAAUAACGUUACCUGUUUGUAUGCAUCGUGUAGAUUUUUUUUUCACUAAGCUACACAUUUAUUAUUUUAAACAUAAAAGUUUGUUUUAUUUGAUAAGAAUUUUAUAAUUGUAGGAUUGUUAUAUUAUUGCAACAUUGUUUACCAUUUUGAAAACGGAGACUGAUUACCGAUUAAAUUUGAUUUUGCGCGAAUAAUUUUCAUAUAAAAUACAAAUUCAGUUCCCUUUUAACGAGUAAUUGAGUAUUUUGAGGUGCGUAUGUAACAUUUUAUUUAUGAAACGAAAUUGUAAAUUUAGAUCUCACUAAGAUGAUUCUUCGAUUAAGAAAAGUCAUUUUUUAAAUUACUAGUGUUGUAAAAAGUAUAAAUUGUAUAAUUUAUCUAUUUUUGUUUCUCUUUCGAUGUGUUCUACUUUCGAGUGCGUAUUCGUUAUAUUUAAAUUCUCAAAUACGAAAUUGUGAUAAGGAAAUCUUGUCAUUGAUGUUUUGUCCCCUGGGAAUGGGUUUGAAUAGGGGACUAGGAGGAUCUCAGCGUACUCGUGACGGUCUUUUUAUCAUUUUUUUUUUGUUUCCAUUUAUGCUUUGAAAUGAUUUCAAAUAAGGCGAUAAUUUUUAUGUUUCACCUUGUAACUUUAAUUUUCCAAAUUUAAUUAUAGUCUCAGCCUGCCAAAAGAAAACACGAGUAGGGCAUCAAUUUGACUGAAAUUUGUAUUAGCAGGUACAUAGAAAAUUGUCAACAUGACAAAAUACUUCGAAAAAUUCAGAACCAUUCAUCGAACAUUCCUGUUUAAAGUUUUGAUAAAAUUUUGCAAUCAAUAAAAAUUCAUUUUCUGAAAUUAUGGCUUAAAUUGUACAUAGAAUACGACCUGAAUAAGUUUUAUUUUUUUUCUGAGCGAAUCAAUUCAACGAGCCACUUUUCCUAAAAUUAUUCGAGUAGUUUUUCCAUCAGGCUUAUUAGUAUGAUUCUGGUGACAGACCCUGUUGAUUAAAAUUAUUCGAAGUAAAUUGCCAAAAUUUAUGUUUACUUCUUUUUAUGAAUUAAUCAGCGCGUAAAAUUUGAAAAUAUCAAUUACGUACGUAUUGGUUCGAUCUGCUAAUUGAUAUAAGUUUGGCGGUAAAAACUGCAUAUUGAUUAUUUGUGGAUCGAAAUACAAAUUGUUUCAAUUUAUAUGAUCGAUUGAUUCGAUCUUGACGAAAUCUACGCGAAGAGAAUGGAUUUCCUUAUCACGAUUUCAUUAUAAAUAUUUUUGCGAGAUUUGAAUUUCGAGUCUAAUGCUGUAUAAGUUAAUUUACAGCAUAUUGUGCUGAUUUAGUUUUCAUCCAUUGUGUGGCCAAGUUCCUUGUACGUGUGUAUUAAAAGAUCAUAAAAUGAUUACGUUUGUUGUAAUGCUUAUUGUUAUAGGCUAACGUGUUCCGUUCAUAAUGAUAUCAUUACUUUGUAAAUUUCAAAUCAUAUUUUUAAUUCGUUCGAUGUCCAAGGCAAAAUUUACUUACCGCAUAGCUUUUAUUUUCCUUUUAUGUUUGCAAAGCUGAUAAAAAUGACCGAAAAAAUUGCGAUGGGUAAUUUACUUGUUUACUUCGACAAAUACCUCGUUUUUCUGUUCCUGCAUACGUGGAAUCUCCAUAUUACCCCGUAUUGUGCCAUUUUUUUCCCAAUCUGCAGUAGUCUUUUGAAAGCAGUAUUAACAGAGUUACUUUUCUUCGUGUUACCUUUUGUUCUUGACAUACUACCUGUACCUACUACAUAUUUUGGCAAAUUUUAUUUCAACGAUUACGCACAUUUUAAUUACCUUUGAAAAAAUACGCCAUUUCAACCGUAUUCGAUAUUCGAUGUCAUACCCCCUGUUUUUUUGGUUGCAAUUUUAUUCACUCCUCGUCGGGCUGAAUAAUAAUGUUGAUGAAAAGCUCGAAACCGUGUUGUAUUUUGGUUGGGAAACGCUCUUCGCAAGGUGAAGAAAUAUUUUUUGUAGUUAAUCAAAACAGGUUUUUUUUUGGUGUUAGUGCGGUUAUAGUGUUUGAUUUUUCUAUUCGUUUGUAUCUUUUCCUUGCCCAAAUUUAGCUACAAAAAGGUAAAAGUUACCUUCCUUAUAUUUUGUAAAUUUUUUUUGUAACCCAUCGCCUUAUUUAGUAAUUGUAUUAUUUACAGUAGUUUUUACUUGCUUGUUAAUGUAUAAUUUUUUUUUUCUAUUCUAUUUUUGUGCGCGGUUUUUAUAUAGAUGUUGAAUUUGUAAAUGUUAAUUUAUUUUCUGUAUUUUAAAAAUUUUAAUUAUAAUUUGUAAAAAAAAAACUUGUUAUUUAAAGUAUAUGUUGUUGUUUGUAAAUACUCUGUCUCUCUGUAAUAAUUGUAGGUAACAGUUUGUUUUAACAUUGAUUUUAAAAUACCAAUCGUUUGAAAGUAGCGUUCCCUUGAAUUUUUUUCUGAAAUUAUUUAUACAAGUUCUGUGAUAUUCUUUUAAAAAAAUUUGUUUUUAUAGGUGUUUUAUCUUUUCUUUUUCUUUUUCAUUUAUUAUUAUUUUAUUUUAUUUCUUUUAUUUCUUUUUUUUUUGUUUGAAAGUUAUAUGCUACUGUUUUAAACUUACCUCCGAAUAAAAGUGUAUUAUAUCAUCAUUA